AUGGCAAAGAUGUCUUUAGUUGAAAAGAAGAACAAAUCAUUUCAAAAAGCAAAUCAUUUGUCACUUUCUCCUUCUUCACCUAUAUCAUCCAACCAAAGCAAACACUACUUUCCUUUUUCUCUCAUUAGCAACAACGAACUCGCCGAUCCGUCGUCGUUUUGGUUCAGUGAUUCAGUCUCCAACAUCAUCGACCAGCGAUUACAGAAAUGCAACAACAUCUCCGGAAUCAUACCAGUAUCUUCAAGCCUUGACUCUGUUGGAUGGUUUGCUCGUGAUCCAAACACCCUACGCCGUGUUGGCCAUAUCCCUGUGGACCGGAUUACACAGGUGGUGAUCAAAUCAGCAGAAAAGCUUUUCGGAAGACAAUUGCUGAAGCAUCAAAACCUGGAGAGUUAUUUUGAAGCUAAAGUUCCUAGCUUGAAAGAGUUUACUAGGACAAAAGCCGUCACUAACACGAAUGUCCCAACAUCGAUAUUACUGGGGAAUGUGAUGCAGCUUCUUCAAAGGCACGAGUUCCACAAAAACCAUGGGGACUGGAUCAACACAGUGAAGCCAGCUAUUGAUCCUGUGAUUUCUUCACAGUUGCGUGAUAACACAGAACUAACCAACGAAGAGAUUGAGAAUCUGAACGUAAUCAGAAACGAGAUGCGCAUGGCUAUUGGUUCACUUCUCAAGGAUGAUGGCAUUCUGGUAAUUCCAACAAUGCCAGGUGUUCCUCCAAAACUUGGUAGCAAGGAGAUAAUGUCUGAAGACUAUCAAAACCGAGCUUCAAGUCUGCUCAGCAUCGCUAGCAUAUCGGGCUGUUGUCAGGUGACUGUGCCGCUGGGACACCACGAGAAGUGCCCUGUUUCAGUUUCUUUCAUAGGGAAACAUGGUGGUGACCGCUUUCUACUAGAUACAGUGCAGACGAUGUGCGCAUCUUUGCAAGAGCACUCCAGCAUUAUUGCUGAUCCCAAAUCUAUUAAAAAGAAUAUUACCCAAGAAGAGUCAGCUGAACUUGCCAAAGAGAAGGGUAACCAAGCAUUUAAAGAGAAACAAUGGCAGAAAGCUAUUGGUCUGUACUCAGAAGCUGUGAAGCUAAGUGAAAACAAUGCUACUUAUUACAGUAAUAGAGCUGCUGCAGUAAUAGAGCUGCUGCAUAUCUUGAAAUCGGAAGAUCUAUGUGCGCUGAGGUACUGCGUUUUUCUUCGGCAGCUCCGUGUAGGCGUCGUCUCUUUAGCUCCACCACGCGUGAUGACGGAUGUGGUUGGGGUUGAAAUUAAGUCGGCGUUGGUGUCUGUCGCGCCGCCAUGCUCCGAGGGUACUCGAGGACGGUCCCUGGGGCAGGUAGCGAAAUGUUUCUGUGGUCUCCUUUUGCUGCUCUGUAGCCAGCGUAUGUGGCUCUCCAGUUCUUCACGGUCGUUUGGGUUCGUUGGUGGUGAGGAUCCGGUGGGAGGUCAGAGCUCCUUCCUUCCGGUGAAAAUCGGCUCCCGUAUUUGCUUCCGAGUUUUGGAAAUGCGGCUAGAUAGAGUGGUGGAUUCGCUUUUUCUAAGCUGUUGGAAGAGAUAUUCCGACCUGGUGUUGGAGCCUAGGCUUGGCUGGUUGAGCGUUGAUACCGAGACGUUGAGGACAGUCUUUGUUCGAGCCUCCUCUAGCCCCUUAGAGUAA